CGCGCACAGCCCGGGUACGAGUUGCCUGGCCUUGGUUUCCCUAGCAACAGCCGUUUAUCUUAAAACUCCAAAAUGGCGGACUGACAAGAGUCUGUUGGAAUGAAGAGUUGGACCAAAAAAACUAAAAUACACUUUAAAUAAUGCUGUAGCAUUAGCCAUUUAAGAAUGGAACAACGUAUUGGACCUCUUACGUUCUUUUCAAACUUCGAUUCGGGGAAUUUAGCCAAGGUUGAACGGAAACAAGAGGAUGAAAACAUAGAUGAAGAAAGUAGUACAAGUGCACCAAGUCUUGCUGUUCCUGACUAUGAAUACAACGUCUGGACUUGGCCUGAUGCUGUGGGAACGGAGUUUGAGAAUCUUAACAGAACAUGGUUUCAUUUUGGGGUCAAAGGAGGUUCACCUGGGAAGCUGUUGAAAAUAAAURUAAUGAAUCUUAAUCGUCAAGGAAAGCUGUACAGUCAGGGGAUGAGUCCCUUUGUCAAGGUGGUCCCAGGAAGGAAUAAAUGGGAGCGAAUACGUGAAAGACCUACUUACGAGACCGUUGAUGGCCAGUUUAUCCUCUCAUUUACCUAUCGGUUUCCAGAGCAGAAGAAUUCAGUACAUUACUUUGCAUUUUGCUAUCCUUACUCUUAUUUGGAACUCCAAACACAUCUUGAUGCACUGGACAAGGUAUAUGAUUCCUGUAAGGCAAUGACACCUUCAUCACCAAGCAAUUCUAUCUACUUUUAUCGGGAAUUGUUGUGUAAGUCACUGGAUGAUUUACGCAUGGAUCUGCUGACUAUAACAUCUUGUAAAGGAAUGACAGAAGAGAGAGAAACUAGGCUAGAUAACCUUUUUCCUGAUCUGGACACUCCAAGAGCUCAUAAAUUCAAAGGCAAAAAGGUUUAUUUUCUAAGUGCUAGAGUUCAUCCUGGAGAGACGCCAUCUAGUUUUGUAUUCAAUGGAUUUCUAGACUUUAUUCUAAGACAAGAUGACCCAAGAGCUGCAGCCCUUCGUGACCAGUAUGUCUUUAAACUUGUUCCUAUGCUCAACCCAGAUGGGGUAAAGARAGGUCAUUAUAGGACGGAUUCAAGAGGAGUUAACCUAAAUAGAGUAUACCUAGACCCUGAUCCAGUACUACACCCUACUAUAUAUGCUGCUAAGUCUCUCGUCUUGUAUCAUCAUAAUAAAAUGGAUCAUCAAAUAAAGAAAAGGACUUGCUCUUGUGGUGGAAAAACAGUAAACAAUGCAACAAAYACUUUGACAUCAUUAACUAAUUCUCUGACUUUGGAUGAUGCUAGCACAAAAGAUGAUCAGGAGAAAAGGUUAUCUACUGAGGGUGAGGAAAAUAUGAAAGAAACUAUACCUAUACCUUGUGAUAAUAUUACUGUAGUAUCAGCAGGAUCACCUGAAUUUGGAGAUAAUGAAUCCAAAAGUUCAACAAAUACUAAUGUAGAUAUUAAGAUGUUAGAAAACACAGGAGAUUUAAUAGAGAAAACAAACUUGGACGAUACAUGUGAUAACAAAAAGGAACAAGAAAAUGAAGAUAAAACAGUAGUUGUGGAAACAAAUGAAUCAUCUGAAGUAUCUCAAAAUAAUUUAGAUGGAUCAAAGAGAAAUGGAGAUCUAGCAUGUAACUGUUUAACAGAGGAUGGAUCAAAGAGGACUGGAGAUCUAGCAUUCUAUGUUGAUCUUCAUGGACAUGCAUCAAAGAGAGGCUGUUUUGUGUAUGCAAAUUACAUGGACAAUGAGGAGGACUAUGUUCAAUCUAUACUUUACCCCAAACUAAUGUCCAUCAAUUCAGCCAACUUUGAUUUCACUGGCUGUAAUUUUACUGAAAAGAAUAUGUACACCAAGGAUAAAAGAGAUGGCAUGUCAAAGGAGGGAAGUGGGAGAGUUGCUAUUUUCAAGUCAACAUCAAUUAUACACAGCUACACACUGGAAUGUAAUUACAACAGUGGCCGAAUGUUAAACCCAGUACCCCCAGCAACAUGUGAUAAUGGCAGGGCCACACCACCACCACCUCCUGGCUUUCCUCCAAAGUUUACAACUGAGAUAUAUGAAGAGGUUGGAAGAGCUCUAGCUGUAGCAGUUCUAGAUAUGAAUAACUCCAACCCUUGGUCACGCCUACCUACUAGUGAGUUUAGUUCAGUGGAAGGGGUUAAGAAUUGGGUGAUGAGAUUUGUCAAAAGUGCCAAGAAUGCUCCAGCUGUGCCCAGGAAACUAUCAAGAGCUGCUACAAAAACAUCAAGUAUAGUAGCAGGUGCAACAGCAACGACAAGGCAGAAGGUGUGCUCAACCUUCAAGAGUACAUCAUCCAGUGACCUGUCAGGUGAAACAUUAUCAGCAGCUGCACAGAAAGUGACGGAAAGAAUGACACAGAACAUCAGUGCUGUAUCAAAAAAAGGACUUGAUGAGCCAAGAGCAAACAAAAGAAUCAUUGCUGCCCCAAGGCGGUUGUCACAGACAAUAUCUGGGCUAUCUACUAACAGAACAGCWGUUAAUAGAAAGAUUAGUUCUGGAUGUAAUACAGACAGUCUUUCUUUAGCUAAUGGAACUCUCAGGACACAGGCACCAAAGAACAAAGAUCAGCCACGGGUAUCCUUGGAUCUUCCUAUCACUGGACCUGCACUUCGUAUACCCAAGCCAAACCAGCUGCUUUCAGCAAACAUCAAAUCUCUUUCAUGUCCUGCAGAUUUGAGAACUGGCAGGAGUACCCAGGUAGAGGUUCUUAACCAGUUUGUUGGGAUACAACCAAAAAAAACAACUGCAGCCAGACCUGGUGGAGGAAGUGCAAGUGAUGAGGAAAAAAGAAAACAACUUUUCUUGAACAAGAAGAAAAAUGGAAAGAAAAAACUAGGAAAACCAGAUGAUCUCAUAAAUGGAUUGCCACCUUGCACAACAGAUGCAAGAGCACAAAAGUCAAGCGAAGGAGAUGCCACAAUUGGAAAGAAAGUUGCUGGGGUUGUUAAAAGGGAUGGAUCUUCAGGAUCACUUUUACAUAGAUCAAACUCAAGAAAGUCAAAAAAGAUAAUAAAAAACAACUUGAAUUCUUGUGAGGUAGUGGAUAUCACAGAGCUGCCUCAGUCCUCAAGUCAACCAAUGGCCUACUGGGUGGAUGCCUGACAAUGCUCACUUUAUAGUUGUAGACAUACUAGUUUAUGCUUUUAAUAUAUUAUAUCUUGAUCAUCAUGUCUACAAAAAAUAUAUUUUGUAAUAUAUAAAUUGUGAACAUGACUGUAAUCUAAACACAAGAAAAAUCUAAGGCAAAUUAGAUGUUUWAAAAAAAAUAGAUAUAUAACUUUUCCACCUUGUGUAUAAAAUAGUUAAGCUGUAGCAUAGAUAUUAUAAUAACCUAAUAGUAUAGUUUAGAGAGACACAUGUAAAUAAUUAAUAUUUUUUCUGCAAGAGGAUUGGAGGUUCCAUGUGUGACUCUUAGUUUAAGAUCUAAAAUUAUUGAACAAUUUGGGUUUUUUUUCUUGAACAAUAAUUGAAACUAGUUCUGUUUUGCAGUAAUUUUUAUGUUUAAAAAGAUCACUUUCUGAGUGCUGGUCAAGCCACAGAUAAAAUGCAGAUUUAUUGAGAGCAAUAUGGUUUUCCAUGACAUAAAAUAUUCAAUAUAGUUUGUAUAAUUUUUGUGGGUUACUUUUGCCUGUAACAUUUUUCCACAAUUAAAUGAAUAAAAUCAUGAUAAAACAAA